GCUAAUAAGUCACAAAGGAGAAGGAGAGGGAUUCCAAGCUCUGAGGUAGGCUAGCUCUAGAAUCGAGAGAGAUUUGUGACACAAAUCAAUGAGCAGGGCGAGCGCGCUCAACUACUGCGUGAACCAGGUCCGGCGGUAUGACUACAAGAACUACCUGUGCUUGCUCCAGCUCCCGCGAUCUGGUGGCCUCCGCGAUGCGGCCUUCGCGCUGCGCGCAUUCAACGUGGAGACGGCCACCGCCAAGGACACCGCCCGCGACCCCAGCCUCGCCACGCUGCGCCUCGCCUGGUGGAAGGACUCCAUCGACAAGCUCUUCUCGCGCGCCGCGGCCACGCCCGAGCACCCGGUGCUCUCCAUGCUGGAUCAUGUCAACCGCGAGCGCCGGCUGAGCAAGCACUGGUUCUCGCGGAUCAUCGACGCCAGGGUCGCCGACGCGGAGCUCUCGGCGCCGCCCAGGGACGUCGGGGAGAUCGAGCGCUACGCCGAGAGCACCGCGUCGGCGCUGCUCUACCUCACGCUCGAGGCCGCCGGGGUGAGGAGCACCAAGGCGGAUCACGCGGCCUCGCACACGGGCAAGGCCGCGGGGAUCUCGCUGCUGCUCGAGGCCACCGCGCACCACAGCUCCAAGCGGGUUUGCUACAUCCCGGUGGAGGUGGCGGUGAAGCACGGUGUGUCGCAGGAGGAUUUGUAUCGGGGGGUGCGCGGGGACGAGGGCGUUGCGCGCGCGGUGUUUGAGGUGGCGUCGGUGGCUCACGCGCAUCUGGAGAAGGCUCGGGCGCUGGCCAAGGACGUGCCCAGGGAGGCCUCGCCGGUGAUGCUGCCGGCGGUUGCCACGGACGAGUUUCUAGCGACGCUCAUGAGGUCGGGCUUUGAUCCGUUUGAUCCCAGGUUGCGGCGGGGGGUUUGCGGGGUGUCGCCGCUGUGGAUGUUGCUCAAGUUGAAGUGGCACUCGCUCAGGGGGUCCUAUUGAUUCUCUUUUUGCUCUUGGUUUUCGAGAAAACCUUGGUACUUUUCUCUACCAUGAUUACAAACGUGUGCUCUUGAUCGCCGAGCUUUGCUCCACUUUAAGAGUCGAAGUCCUUAGAACUGCGAUCCUCAUGUCCGCUGGUACCUUGUCGCCAACUCUGAGCUCUACAACGUUGCCAAGGACUAGCUCCCUGGCUGCCAAGUCGGGGAUCCAGUGACCAGCGAAGAACUUUGGCGUGCUCUGGUUGCAUCUCCUUGAGCACGUCGGCAUUGGUCUUUGCCAUACAAACUGUGUUUAAAUUUCAAUUAUAAGGAAUUCAGUUCGUGCGUCGCUUGCU